GAUAACCCGAAUAGCUCGAUCCACCAUAGCCGACUUCGGGAGCUCCAAAUUUCGAUCAGCGAUGGCUUCCGAUCCAGACAAAUUGAUGGCCAAAGCAGAUAAAAUGACAAAACUCAGUUUGACGAGAUGGAAUGCUGAUUGGAGGAAUGCAACAGCUCUGUAUGAACAGGCUGGAAAUGCUUACAGGAUUGCUAGAAAGUUUGAGCAAGCUAAGGAAGCGUUUGAAAAGGCUUCGAAGGGGCACGAGAUGCAAGCUUCGCCUUGGGAUGCUGCGAGACAUAUGGAGACUGCUGGAGCUCUUGCAAAGGACGUAGGAAACUGGAACGAAGUGUCUGACUUCUAUAGACGCGCGUCUGAGCUGUACAUGGAGUGUGGAAGGGCACAACCUGCGUCUGAUGCGCUUGCAAAAGGGGCUCGUGCUUUAGAAGAUGCGAUGCCUGAGGGAGCUAUCCAGCUUUACACUGAUGCUUGUACUGUUCUUGAAGAGGAUGGGAAGGAGCAAAUGGCGUUUGAUCUCUAUCGUGCUGCUACAAAUGUUUAUAUCAAACUUGAGAAGUACACGGACGCUGCAACUUUUCUUCUAAGAUUAGCCCUAGCAGCUGACAAAUGCAAUGCUACACAUAGCCAGUGCAAGGCUUAUCUUAGUGCAAUUAUUGUGUAUCUAUACGCACAUGACUUCGAGCAAGCAGAGAAAUGCUACAAUGAUUGUUGCCAAGUUGAUGCAUUCAUGAACAGUGAUCAGAAUCGUGCUGCAUCUCGACUUAUGUCUGCAUAUACUGAUGGAGAUGUUGAGGAAAUCAAAAAAGCAGCUCAGUCAAAUAUUGUUUCCAACCUUGAUAAUGUAAUCAUCAAGAUUGCAAGGAAACUGCCCACCGGAGAUGUCUCUGGGUUCAAGAGGGGUGCUAUAGAAACGGAAGAUCCGUUGGAUGAAGACGAUCUCACUUAAAAAUCAUGCUACUGAAACGAAAACGAAUUUGCUACUCAUAUCUCUAAUAGAUGUACCCACAGUUUACAUCCCCCAUUUCAUGUCAUUGUGAUUUUCGCUGGAGAGUUUGCCGUGUGAAUAUAUUUAUUUCCAUUUUAAACACAUCAGAGCUUAUUUCCAUUUA